AGCGACGUGGGAGUGACACGUGGAAGGGUAGUUAUAAGAUUGAGGUUGGUGAAAGUGUGACAGUAGAAGCUUACAGACAAACACACGAGUGAGGUUCCGCACACACACUUCUCUCUAUUUCUCCGUCGCGGCCAUUGAAGCUCUCUGCGAUACAUCACAUGGCAGCAACAUCAGGGAAGAUUGUCCAAAAUGUUUUUGUGUCACGCUGCUACUACCAACAGAAUAGAGAGGGUCGAAGGGACUAUUUUGCCCCUUAUUUGCGCAACUUCCUUCGCUCUCCGCUAGGGAAGUUGUCAUGGACUACCCCUUCCAUGCAAUUGCGCACUUUAUUCAAACCUCAGAAUGAUUUUGUUAUCCAGAGAUAUUUUCACUGCAAUGGUCUGUUCUAGACUCUCAUUGUACAGCCUCUGCAUCUGCUACCGCCGUGCCAUAUCUGGACACAAUGGAUUUUCUAAGGCUUCAAAAUGGCAGUGACAUACGCGGUGUGGCUGUGGAUGGUGUUGAGGGAGAGCCAGUUAACCUCACUGAACCUGUUGCUGAAGCAAUAGGAGCUGCUUUUGCUGCAUGGUUAGUGGAGAAAAAGAAAGCAGAUGCUUCUCAGCAUUUGAGAGUUUCUAUUGGCCAUGAUUCUCGAAUAUCAGCCAAAUUAUUACAGAAUGCAAUUUCUCGAGGUCUUGCUGGUGCUGGUCUAGAAGUUGUCCAGUAUGGAUUAGCAUCAACACCAGCCAUGUUCAAUAGCACACUUACAAAAAAUGAUGCAACUUUGUGUCCUGUUGAUGGCUCUAUUAUGAUAACAGCAAGUCAUCUGCCUUUCAACAGGAAUGGAUUCAAAUUUUUCACAAAUGCUGGUGGGCUUGGGAAGGCUGACAUCAAAGAUAUCUUAGAGCGAGCUGCAGACAUAUACAAUCAAUUUACAGCGGAAAGUUUGACAAAUUCAGAGAGAAAAGCUGCAUUAUCUAUUAAGAAAGUUGAUUACUUGGUUGUGUAUACAUCUGAUCUAGUAAAAGCAGUUCGCAAAGCAGCUGGAAACAUAGAGAGGCCAUUGGAGGGUUUCCAUAUAGUUGUUGAUGCAGGCAAUGGAGCAGGAGGUUUUUUUGCAGCGAAGGUUCUGGAGCCUCUGGGUGCAAAAACUACUGGCAGUCAAUUUUUGGAGCCUGAUGGUUUGUUUCCAAACCAUAUCCCAAAUCCUGAGGACAAGACAGCAAUGAAAGCUAUAACCCAAGCAGUCCUUGAUAACAAAGCUGAUCUUGGAAUUAUUUUUGAUACUGAUGUGGACAGAUCUGCUGCUGUGGAUUUCACUGGCCGUGAAUUCAACCGGAAUCGUUUGAUUGCCUUGAUGGCAGCUAUUGUUCUUGAGGAACAUCCUGGAACAACGAUUGUCACAGACAGUGUGACUUCUGAUGGCCUUACCACAUUUAUUGAGAAGAAACUUGGUGGCAGACACCAUCGGUUCCGAAGAGGCUACAAAAAUGUGAUUGAUGAAGCUAUCCGUUUGAAUUCUAUUGGCGAGGAGUCACAUUUGGCAAUUGAAACCAGUGGACAUGGAGCUCUCAAGGAGAAUCAUUGGCUUGAUGAUGGUGCAUACCUAAUGGUCAAGAUCUUAAAUAAACUUGCUUCUGCAAGAGCUUCUGGAAAGGGUGGUGGAAGCAAGGUUUUGACUGAUCUAAUAGAAGGACUUCAGGAACCAGCUUUUGCUGUAGAGCUGAGAUUAAAGAUAGACCAAAACCAUCCAGAUCUUAAGAGAGGAUCUUUCAAAUCUUUUCGGGAAUAUGGAGAAACUGUGCUGAAACAAUUGGAGAACUCAAUUGCUUCUGAACCAAGUCUGCACAAGGCUCCUGUGAACUAUGAAGGGGUCCGAGUUUCUGGCUAUGGUGGAUGGUUCCUUCUUAGAUUAUCCCUCCAUGAUCCUGUACUUCCCCUUAACAUUGAGGCACCUAGUAAUGAUGAUGCUGUGAAGCUUGGAAUUGCUGUGCUUGCAGCUUUGAAGGAGUUUUCAAGUUUAGAUACAUCAGCCUUGAAAAAAUUUGUAGGAGCAUCAUGAGUUGUUGCUUCAUACGAAAAUUGAGGACUAGCUAUAUAAAGUUUGACAAAAGAGGAGGAUAGUUGCAAAAGUGAAAAAUAAGAAGAAUAUCAUUUAGAAGCCACAGUCCUGAGGAAAAUGAUGAAGCAUGAAGACAUACAACAACAAUAACAACAAUCAAGCCUUAUCCUAUUAGGUUAGGUCAGCUAUAUGAAUUACAUGAUAUCAUUAAACUCGGUUAAAAACCAAAAUUUCAAAAAUCUGAAUAAUCAAAAGGUUUGUGUCAGAUUUAUGUCAUAAAGACAUAAAUCCUCAAUAAUUCCCAAGGUCCAGAAACAAGCUUCAACUCACCUUCUCUGUCGCAAUGGCCCCUUCCUAGGUAGAAAAUCUGCAACGGUAUCUACUGUUAAUAUACCAGCCACAUAUCCCUUGUUGAGGUUGAAUUUCCCAUCAAAACCACCAAUCUUGAAAUCUUCACUUCCAAGUAAGAGAGUUUCACCAAGUGAGCUGCCAACAACAGCAACCAAACAGAUUCUAUUGCAACCAUUUGGUAGAGAGAAUCCUGCUAACAUGCCCACCAAUCUGUCCAUCCUCAGCACAAAAUCUAGUGGAAAGGAAUAUUCAGGGAAGAAGGAACUGCAAUGAGUCUCUGCCACUUCCCAACAAUCCUCUAACCUCGCCUCCCGAACAAUUAUUUCAGGAGACACGGUUGGGAACAAAUCAACAACUUGGCUGGCUCUGCAUAAUCCUAUAUCCAAACACCAUACCUUAGUUCCUAGCAAAGUUAACAUCUCACAAAUACACAACAAUAAGUAGGAAAUAUUCUACCAUCCCAUAUAACCAAACCACCAAUUGACUUGUUGGUUUCCAUGAAUAAAACCAGGCCAAAAGACUAUGCUUUUGCAUUGGAUGAAGUCAAAAUCCUUAGUACUGAAAAUGGAAACUUGGAUAGUGAGUUUAACCAUGCUUAUAUAUGAUGCUCCUCAUUGAUGUCUGAAUAUAAUUGAAGGAAAUAGAACUAUGUGUGAUUCCAAAUAAUUUUGGGGAGUGGCAUUACCAUUUUCUGAUGUGGAAAAUGGCUUUAAUGGCAUUACACAUUAUUUAAAAAUUUCAUCUAUACAAAUUUAUGCCUCCCCCAACACUCAUUGAAAACCGUCUAGUUUAAUUCUCCACCAAUAAUCUAUCCUUCAUUUUCCCCAUAUUUUUGUCUUAGUUGAGCACGUUUUAAAAAUUCUCAGACAUCAUCGGCUUCCACAAAAUUCGAAUUUCAUCCAAUAACAAACCCAUUGUUUGGCACAGAUGUGCUAAUACAGCAAAUUCAACUACUCCAGCCAUCUAACUAAGUUUCGAAAC